GUUUUUCAAAUGCACGUGACAGUCAUGUGACGAAAAAUGGAGGACGAAGAACAACAACUCCUCAAAAGACGAAACAUACAGCAAGAAAGCGUCAAUGCUCAAAACUACCCAGGGGUACGACCAGCAGGAAUCGAAAUCAACCAGGAAAAUGACAACACAAAUAAAAAGGGGUUUACUGGGCGGUUGGCUCUCGCCAUGGCAGCUUGCACCAUGGGAUCCUCUUUCCAGUUUGGAUACAACACAGGCAUCGUCAAUGCUCCAGAAACAGUCAUAAAAGAAUUCUACAACACAACAUGUAAUGAACGGAAUCACCCAGAGGACUACUGUGAUAACCUGAUUGUGCCUCUGUGGUCCCUCACUGUGGCCAUGUACGCUGUUGGGGGCAUGAUAGGGGGUGUGUCUGCGGGCAAACUGGCCAACCUCUGGGGCAGAAAAAGGACACUGCUGCUGAAUAACAUACUGAUGAUUAUCUCCAUAGCUGUAGAAAUAUCAUCGAAGUAUGCGGAGUCUUAUGAAGUGCUGAUAGUGGGUCGCCUUAUAGUGGGUGUAAAUGCAGGCAUCAACACGGGUAUAGCGCCGAUGUACCUGUCGGAGAUCUCCACGGUGGGUCUGCGGGGCCUAUGUGGCACUUUCAACCAGCUUUGUAUCACCCUCGGGGUUCUCACCUCCACCGUGGUGGGACUCAACACCGUACUGGGCAGGAGUGAUACCUGGCAAUACGCAUUUGGUGUCCCGCUGGUGCUGGUGGUUUGGCAGCUAGUGGCCCUGUCCUGCUGUCCAGAGAGCCCCAGGUUUCUAGUCAUCCAGCGCCAGGAGGAUCUAGAGGCAGAGAGAGCUCUGGUUUGGCUACGGGGAACCACCAAUGUACACAAGGAGAUGCAAGAGAUGAUUGCAGAGAGGGACGCUCAGAGGCGCGAAAAACAGUUUUAUGUAUGCGAUUUAUUUCGGGACCCAGAGCUUCGUAAACCAAUGGUUAUCUGCAUAAUCAUGCAUCUGUCUCAACAGUGGUCAGGAAUUAAUGCUGUGAUAUAUUACUCCACGAGUAUAUUUAUGGGUGCUGGUCUCCGUGAGUCUAGUGCCGAGAUGGCCACACUGGCAACAGGGGCAGUGAACUCCUCCAUGACCCUGGUGUCCGCCCUGCUCAUGGACAGGCUGGGGCGGCGCACCCUGCAUCUGACGGGCCUGGGCGGAAUGUUCAUCUUCAGCCUAAUACUUACCUCAGGACAGAUAUAUCAGACUUAUGAUGAUCACAAUUGGCUUGGCAUUAUAUGUGUGAUGGCUGUGAUAGGCUACAUCAUCUUCUUCGCCACAGGGCCAGGUGCCAUCCCCUGGUUCUUCACAGCAGAGCUGUUUGCCCAGGGUUCCAGGUCAGCCGCUGUCAGUGUUGGGGUCGUAGUCAACUGGGCUGCUAAUGCUACCGUCGGAUUUGUAUUCCCCAUCCUUCAAAAGAACAUCAAGGCGUAUUCGUUCAUCCCAUUUGUGGCAUUCUUGGGUUUCUCAUGGAUGUUCACAUUCUACCAGGUGCCCGAGACAAAGGGCAGGACGAUUGAGGACAUUACCGCGCUGUUUCGCGUCAAGGACAUCCCCUACCAGCAGAUACCACAACACUCGGACUCGGACUCAGAGUCACAAUAGAGGCUGUGUACAACUCACUGUUUCAUGCAUAACAAUGACCAACAAUGAGAUCAUAGUAUAGAAAAGUGGUACCAGUAGUGUUUGACACUACAGUUCUGUAUAUCUAUGUCUUAUUGAUAAGGUGUUAGUAUUUAAUGAAUUUACAUUAAACUUGUGAUAACAAUAUGGCUUUAUACAGCUUUUUAAAUUGAAGUAAGAUGCAUGAGCAAUUUUAUUACAAGCACCACCUAAUUUUCACCACCUAAUCAUCAUCAUUUUCAUUGUAGUUGCAAUAUUCUACUUUUAACAAUAUAACUGUUACACAGUUCCACUUUCAAAUGUUUAAUACAAGUUGAAAAGUAAGAUCAUGCUACCAUAACAGAGCAGCCUGUGCCAAUAUACUGGUAUUCAUGGUUUUCAACUGCAAUACCGGUAAUGAAUACAUGUGGAACUACAGUUAGAUUUCAACUAAAACGUCAGUUCAGUAUGCUUGCGAUGUUCAAACAAAGGCUAUGAACAAAUAUUCAAUGUGCUCACACCUGAAACUGGUUUUGAAUGGAAGAAUGUUAUUUCAACUUCAAUUAAGAGGUUAGAAACUACAAAAACUUUAUACUUGUAUACAAAAAAAUGUACCAUGUUUUGACUAUGCAUGUUUAUCAUGUUAGAAUUCGGAUGCAAUCAUGUCCCUUGUUGACAGUCUAGAUACUGCAUACUGCAAAAUCACAAUUAUUCGUGUGACAAGAAUAUUUUUGUUUUGUGGGAAAAUGGAUACACAAAUGUAUGAUCCUGAUUUAUACCUUUAACUUCGUCUAGGUAGAUAAGUUAGGCUCGGGGCUUAUUAAAUACCCUUCAUGCCUUGUGUUAUAAUAUAGCAUUUUUCAUGGAUGUUGAAUUAUCAGGGGCGGAUUGAAGACAGUCAAUGACAACUGAUUCAAAGAGUUUCUAUGCUUUUAUUAGAGAGAAAUGAAAACAUACUGCAUUGUAUAAGGGUGUUUUGUCAUAAUAUUAAACUUCGUUAAUUGGAAUAUGAUAAACCUGGCCCACCUUCUAUAAUGACUUCUUCACUCAAUAUACUGCGGAUACAUCUUGCAAACACUUAACAACUUCAUGUCCAUUUUUGUAAACAAAAAAACAACAUACACGAAUUUCCAUUUCUACAACAUUGUUGUCAUGUUUAAAAAAAACAACAUGAAAUUAUAUGCUGACGAAUAUAAUUGAUUUUUAAAUGUUUUAUGUGAAUGAAAUAUUGGCAGUAUGGUUUAUUUAACUGGCACAAGAAUUUGGAACUCUUUGGAAAUACCUUUAACUUUUUUGGCUGUUCUAAGCAACGGACAUUGGUUGUUGUAUAUAUCUAUAUUGAGUGCUCACUUAUGUUGGUUGAGGGGUUGAUGCUGCUUGUGAAAUUAUAUAUUUUUUAAAUUAUAUUGAAAUUAUAUUUUGCAAAGAGAUUAAAAAUAUACAAAACAUACUUUACACUGGUUUCCAAUUUUUAGCUCACCUGAGCACAACGUGCUCAUGGUGAGCUUUUGUGAUCGCCUUUUGUCCGUCGUGCGUUUUGCGGCGUCAACAUUUGCCUUGUUAACUCUCUAGAGGCCACAUUUAUUGUCCAAUCUUCAUAAAAUUUGGUCAGAAGAUUGGUCUCAUUUAUAUUUUGGAUGAGUUCAAAAUAAUUAUGUUUGCUUGAAAAACAUGGCUUUCAAAGGGCGGGACAUUUUUCCUUAUAUGGCUAUAGUAAAAUCUUGUUAAUACUCUAGAGGCCACAUUUACUGUCCGAUCUUCAUGAAACUUGGUAAGAAGAUUCAUCCCGAUAAUAUCAUGGACGAGUUCAAAAAUGAUGCUGGUUGGUUGAAAAACAUGGCUGCCAGGGGGCGGGGCAUUUUUCCUUAUAUGGCUAUAGUAAAACCUUGUUAACACUCUAGAGGCCACAUUUAUUUUCCGAUCUUCAUGAAACUUGGUCAGAAGAUUUGUCCCAAUUAUAUCUUGGUAUCUCAGGUGAGCGACUUUGGGCCUUUCAGGCCCUCUUGUUAAUAGUUAUAUUUAGGGAAUGCAUGUGUCCUUGAUAAGUUUGUUAUUAAUAAAACUUUCAGAAAUUACUUAUUUUACUACCAUGGAUUUUCACAAUUUAGUUAUAAUUGUUUGUAAAUAAGGUGUUAUUAGUUUAAUAAAUGUUUCUGUUUAUUGAAUAGGCUCUAUGGGAAUAAAAUUGUAUGUUUGCAUUGAUAUGAAGUACAUGUAUUUAUGUGGUUUGCUCAGAAAUAUUAUAUUAUUUUAGUGACAAUUCUGUCUUUCUGUUGAUAUGUUAUUGUUAUAUCUAAUAUUAAAAUUCACAUGAAAUGUGAGCAGGGUUAUGACAAUAUACAUGUACUCAACAAAUUUGGGAAGUGCAAUAUCUGUGUACACUGUAAUGUGCUACUGGCAUGAAUGUGCCUAGGUACAUUUGUUCUGUGUUUGUUGGUAGUCUGUUAAAUAAAAUCUACCUCCAACAAAUUGCCUUUUAAAAAGUGUAUGUUAAAAAUGUUCCCUUUGCUUAUGUUAUAUUUCUGCUUGUAAGUGGUUCAGGGAGAUUGUGGGUGUAUAAUACUUAUAUUGUCAAUAAAGGCAACAUAAUCAU